CGAACAUCUUUCACACUAGGUGCUAUGUCAAAGAUAAGGUAUGCAGUGCGAUUAUUGAUGGUGGUACUUGUAACAACGUUGCUAACACAACCAUGGUGGAAAAAUUAGGAUUGCCCAUGCUGGGACACCCUAGUCCGUACAAGUUGCAAUGGUUGAAUGAUAGCAGUGAGGUAAAGGUAAACAAACAGGUGUUAGUUGCAUUUCAGAUCGGAAAAUACGAAGAUGAGGUACUUUGCGAUGUCAUUCCAAUGUAUGCUGGGCAGUUGUUGUUAGGGCGACCAUGGCAGUUUGAUCGACGAGCCAAGCAUGAUGGGUUUACCAACAAAUACUCUUUUGUACUCAAUCAGCGUCCAAUCACUCUUGUACCUUUGACAGCCCAACAGGUACCAGCCUAUAGGAGCAACCCUGAGGAGACAAAGGAGCUUCAGAGGCAGGUAAGUGAAUUAAUGGAGAAAGGGUACCUGAGGGAAAGCACGAGCCCAUGUGCUGUUCCUGUUCUACUUGUGCCUAAGAAAGAUGGGACUUGGAGGAUGUGCGUUGAUUGCCAAGCCAUCAACAGCAUUACGAGGGAGAUGAAUGGAAAACAGCCUUUAAGACAAAACAUGGAUUGUAUGAGUGCUAAAACUUGGGAAGAUUGUUUGCCACAUGUUGAAUUUGCUUAUAAUCAUACUGUUCAUUCUGCUACUAAAUUUUCACCCUUUGAAAUUGUGUAUGGGUUUAAUAUGUUAACUCCAUUGGAUUUAUCUCCUUUACCGAUGUCUGAGCAUGUUAAUUUAGAUGGCAAAAAGAAAGCUGAGUUUGUGAGGCAGAUUCAUGAGAAGGCAAGACUCAACAUUGAGCGAAGAACAGAGCAAUAUGCAAAGCAAGCCAGUAAGGGGCAUUCUAAGCUGGUCUUCAAACUUGGAGAUUGGGUUUGGUUGCAGAUGAGGAAAGAAAGAUUCCCAGCACAAAGGCAUUCCAAAUUGCUUCCAAGAGGAGAUGGUCCUUUCCAAGUCUUAGAGCGCAUCAACAAUAAUGCUUACAAACUAGAUUUUCUAGGUGAGUGCAAUGUUAGUGCCACUUUCAAUGUUACUGAUUUGAGUCCUUUCGAUGUAGUAGACAAUUUGACGACAAAUCCUUUUCAAGAGGAGGGAAAUGAUGUAAAUCCAAGUUUGACUUUAAAGGAUUCAAUUCAAGUUCCCAUUGGACCAGUUACGAGGGCUCGAGCUUAGAAGUUCAAGGAAGCGCUUAAUGGGCUGAUUUGAGAAAUAUGGACUCAAGCAAAUUCGUGGAGGCCCAUUGAGGGAGUCCAUGUGAGCCUCAGAAUUACAUCAGCCUAAUCCAAGUUCUAGAAGACUCUAUCAAAGCCAAGCCUAAUCUUUGCAAGUAAUGGUCAUGAACUUUGGGCAUGAACUCAGCAAGCAUUCUGGCUCAAAUUUAUUACUUUCCUUUUUGGGUUUUGGCUUGCAUGCCAAGUUUUUCUUUCU